GAACGGUCAUGACCAAAGUCUGGGGAUUUUUUUAAAGGGAGAAUGCAUUUGAUUGUGGGUUUGAUCCACGAUUGCAAUAGAUGCUAUUGGGUGCUAUUGUCUUAAGAAGCUUGUAAAGUUUUUUUUGCACAAACUUGUUUUCCCAUGUCUUUGGGACUAAAGAAUCAAAAAAAUCAUGAUGCUGUGACAAAAAGUCUUCAAAAUAUUCACAAUUUACAAAUAAAGUCCUAGUGCUUUUGGGUAUUUGAGUCAUAAUUUAGAGCAGUUCCUGUCUGCAGUGACACAGAGGGACACGUCACAGCCUCUCUGUGUCUUUUUCUCUCUAUAAUGAGUCAUUCAGACUGUCUCCUUCAGUUUCAGUCUGUGCAUACGCUGUCCAGAUAAAACAUGAUGUGACAACAACAGCCUGUUUUUGGUUGUCAUGGCCCAGUCACAAUGCAUUCUGGGACACAAACAUUGCUAAAAACGUUCUAAUUCAGCUGAGAACAUCAGAAUACCAAAAUGAUCAGGCCAAGGGGCAUCAUACAGACCUGGACUCCAUAUUUAUGCUGCUGGAGGAGAACCUCAUCACCUUUGUAAAGAGCGAGCUCAAGAAAAUCCAGAGAAUUUUAACUUCACAUCUCCCCAAAUGCUUAGAGAGUCUGAGUGAGGAUGACGAGGUGCUGGAUGGAGGGGAUGAAGAGCAGAGGGGCAGCAGCAAGGCAUUUCUGAAGAUCACUACAGACUUCCUGAAAAGAAUGAAUCAGGGGGAGCUGGCUGACCAUCUGUGGAAUCGAACCCAUGCUCCAGUGUGCCGACACAAACUCAAGUCUAACUUGAAGGAGAAGUUCCAAUGUGUGUUUGAGGGGAUCACUAAAACAGGAAACCCAGCCCUUCUGAACCAGAUAUACACGGAGCUCUACAUCACUGAGGGAGGGCCUGGAGAGGUCAACGAAGAACAUGAGGUCAGAUGGAUCGAAACAAUGUCCAGGAGACCACACAGACCAGAGACAAUCAUCAGACAAGAAGACAUCUUUAAAGCUCCACCUGGAAGAGAUGAACCAAUCAGAACCGUGAUGACCAAGGGUGUGGCUGGCAUCGGCAAAACAGUCUUAACACAGAAGUUCACUCUAGACUGGGCUGAAGGCAAAGCCAACCAGGGCAUCCAGUUCACAUUCCCAUUCACUUUCAGGGAGCUGAAUGUGCUGAAGGAGAAAAAGUUUAGCUUGGUAGAGCUCAUUCAUUACUUCUUUCCUGAAACCAAAGAAGCAGGACUCUGCCGGUUUGAAGAGUUCCAGGUCUUGUUCAUCUUUGACGGUCUGGACGAGUGUCGACUCCCUCUGGACUUCAACAACAAUGAAAUCCUGACUGAUGUGAGAAAGUCCACCUCUGUUGAUGUGCUGCUGACAAACCUCAUCAGGGGAAACCUGCUUCCAUCUGCUCACCUCUGGAUAACCACACGACCUGCAGCAGCCAAUCAGAUCCCUCCUGAGUGUGUUAACAUGGUGACAGAGGUCAGAGGGUUCACUGACCCACAGAAGGAGGAGUACUUCAGGAAGAGAUUCAGAGAGGAGGAGCAGGCCGGCAGGAUCAUCUCCCACAUCAGGACAUCCCGAAGCCUCCACAUCAUGUGCCACAUCCCAGUCUUCUGCUGGAUCACUGCUACAGUCCUGGAGGAUGUGCUGAAGACUGUGAGGAGAGGACAGCUCCCCAAGACCCUGACUGCGAUGUACAUUCACUUCCUGGUUGUUCAGUCCAAAGUGAAGAGCAUCAAGUAUGAUGGAGCAGCUGAGACUGAUCUACUCUGGAAUCCAGAGACCACAAAGAUGAUUGAGUCUCUGGGAAAACUGGCUUUUGAGCAGCUGCAGAAAGGAAACCUGAUCUUCUAUGAACCAGACCUGACAGAGUGUGGCAUCAACAUCAGAGAAGCCUCAGUGUACUCAGGAGUGUUCACACAGAUCUUCAAAGAGGAGAAAGGACUGUACCAGGACCAGGUCUUCUGCUUCGUCCAUCUGACUGUUCAGGAGUUUCUGGCUGCUCUUCAUGUCCAUCUGACCUUCACCAACUCUGGAGUCAACUUGAUGGCCAAAAAACAAGAGGCAUCUCUGAUCUCCAAAAUCUUUAAAAACAAACCCAAACUGGAGGAUUUUCAUCAGAGUGCUGUGGACCAAGCUUUACAAAGUCCAAAUGGACACCUGGACUUGUUCCUCCGCUUCCUCCUCGGCCUGUCACUGACAACCAAUCAGAAUCUUCUACAAGGUCUGCUGACGCAGAAAGGGUGUGACGCAGAGACCAAUCAGGACACAGUUCAGUACGUCAAGAUAAAACUCAACGAGGAUCUGAAUGCAGAGAAAAGCAUCAACCUGCUCCACUGUCUGAAUGAACUGAACGAUAGUUAUUUGGUGAAGCAGAUCCAGCAGUCCUUGAGAUCAGGACGUCUUUCCACAGAGAAACUGUCUCCUGCUCAGUGGUCAGCUCUGGUCUUCAUCUUACUGUCAUCCGAAGAAGAUCUGGAUGUGUUUGACCUGAAGAAAUACUCUGCUUCAGAGGAGGCUCUACUGAGGCUGCUGCCGGUGGUCAAAGCCUCCAACAAAGCUCUGCUGAGUGGAUGUGGGCUGUCAGAGAUCAGCGGUGUAUUGCUGUCUUCAGUCCUCAGCUUCUCUGGUUUAAGAGAGAUCGACCUGAGUAACAACAACCUGCAGGAUUCAGGAGUGGAGCAGCUGCUUGCUGGUUUGAAGAGUCGACACUGCAGACUGGAAACUCUUCGGAUGAGUAUCUGUAACCUUUCAGAGGCCAGCUGUGAAGCUCUGUCUUCAGUCCUCAGCUCAUCUGGUCUGAGAGAACUGGACCUGAGUAACAAUGACCUGCAGGAUUCAGGAGUGACGCUGCUGUCUGCUGGACUGGAGAGUCCAAACUGCAAACUGGAAACUCUUCGUCUUUCAGGUUGUAUGGUCACUGAGGAAGGCUGUGUGCAUCUGGCCUCAGUUUUGAGCUCGUCUUGUCUGACAGAGCUGGAUCUGAGCUACAACCAUCCAGGAGAGCAAGGAAAGAAGUUCCUGUCUGCAGUUUCACACCGCAGACUGAAGAUAUUGAGGUUGGAUCACGGUGGACGGCACAGACUGAAACCUGGCCUCAGGAAGUACGCCUGCGAGCUGGAAGUGGACGCCAACACUGUGCACAGAGCUCUCAAACUGUCCGACGACAACAGGACGGUGACCAACGUGGAGGAAGUGGAGAGGGUCCCCUCAUAUCCUGACCAUCCAGACAGAUUUGAUACACGGUUACCUCAGCUUCUGUGUAGCACUGGUCUGACUGGUCGCUGUUACUGGGAGGUGGAGUGGAGAGGAGAGGUUGGAAUAUCAGUGAGCUACAGAGGAAUCAGCAGGAAAGGAAACACUGCUGACAGUCUGUUUGGAUGUAACAAUCAGUCCUGGAGUCUGCACUGCAGAAAGAGUUACACCGUCAGUCACAACAGGAAAGCAACGCACAUCUCCUCCCCGUCCCCGUCCCAGAACUGGUCUUCCCAUAAAGUAGCCGUUUAUGUGGACCAUCCUGCUGGAUCUCUGUCCUUCUAUGAAGUCUCCUGUGAAACUCUGAUCCACAUUCACACUUUCAACACCACCUUCACUGAGCCACUCUAUCCUGGGUUUACGCUCUGGUAUCCUCAAUCCUCAGUGUCUCUGUGUUCAGUGUAGUUCAGACAAACCGACGUUACAGUAACUUUGUUCUGUUUAUGGUAACACACAGUGUAACGAGUUUCCUUUUAAUGUCAUUAUAAUCGCAGAAAAUUUGAGGCACCUUUACAGCUGACUACUGGAUGGUAAAGGUUCGAAACAUCCAGUGUACAAUGUGACGCUAAUGUAAGCACAGAUGCAUCAUGGGAGAAAGAAUAUCGCUGCUGCAAAGACUCACAUACACUAUGGCUGAGCAAGUCCAAGUCUCCUUUGGUUGUAAUGAGCUUUCUAUGAUCUACUUCUGACAUCCAGUCAUCAUCUCUAAAGAAUUCAAGCAUGUACUGUAUCAUCAUCAUCAGUAACACUUUGGUUUAAUAUCACUGAAUAAAUGAAAUCAAACAA